CGCGCGCUGUCGGCCGACGGCCCUGCACGAACGCAUGCCCGCACUCACCGCUACGGACGAACACGUAAACUUUGCCGAACUUGCGAACUGUGGAAAAGUGCGCAGUGGACAAAAUUUGGAUGUAAUUUGUGCAAUUUAUGUAUUUCAUUGUGUGCUGUGACAUAGAAUUAUUCUGUGAAUUUCCCAACGUUUGGAGAAAACUGUUUACUGCCGUAAAGUUUGGAUAAACGCACUAUUUAUUUAGUGAUGGAUGACUUUUGAAUAUUUAAUGGGUUGUGUACGAUGAUGGUGUCGCGCGGUGUGGCGGCCUGCGCUCGCGGUUGUACGCUGAAGUGAAUCAGACGGCAGUACAAUGAUACCUGCGCACGCGCACCCCUGUCUACUCCUGCUGCUGGCGAUGUUUCUCGCUAGAGAAUACGGAGUUACCAGCUUGGAGUUGCUGGAGCUGCGCGUGCCGGCGCACGUGGCGCUGGGCACGCGGGCGGCGCUGGCGUGCCGCUGGGCGCUGGGCCCGGCAGACGUGCUCUACUCCGUCAAGUGGUACAAGGACGGCAAGGAGUUCUUCCGCCACGUGCCGCGCGACCACGAACCCCGAAGGAAAUUCCCUCUACCAGGAGUCGACGUAGAGAAAUCAAGUCCUAAUGGUGCAAAUAUUACGCUGUACCCGGCCGUGCUCGAGACGGGGGGCCGCUACCGGUGCGAGGUGUCGGGCGAACGACCCCUGUUCCCUACCGUGUCUGACCAUGGAGACAUGGUUAUUGUUGCUCUUCCUGACCACGGUCCCACAAUCACAGGAUCACGUCUUCGGUACCAAAUCGGAGAUAGAGUCCAAGUCAAUUGCACAUCAGGUCGGUCCAGACCUGCAACUCGACUGGCCUGGUACAUCAAUGGAGAACCAGCUCCCUCUAUAGCCCUCGUGCCACCAACACACGAGAAGCACGAAGAUGGAUUAGAAACCACGAGCCUAGCGCUCGAUUUCAAAGUAAAACCCAAACAUUUUAGGAAAGGAGACCUAAAACUUAAGUGUCUAGCAACGAUAGCAACAGUGUAUUGGCGGAGCAAUGAAGAGAGUGUGCAGGGCGAGAGACUGAAGGGGUACUCCAGGUCCAGAGAGCUAACCGAGAGCUCCAGGGCAGACCGGGUGCAAGCGGCGGGGAAGCCAGGCAGUUCCGCCCCUACCCAUGCCAUCAAAAUCUACUUACCACUCGUCUGUGUCAUAAUACACAUAUCACAGAACAAAUACCAUUCGUAAACGGACGAUUUAUAAAAGAAACUAUUAGUGAAGUUUUGUAGCUAUAUAAAGUGAUGAAAUGUGCUAAAACUUUCGAAAUAAAUGCUUUAUUCAAUACGACUACGAGACUUAGGCUUAUACGAAUGUAUCCAAUUUUGCAUGUCUGACUAAUCUAAGUGAUGUACCUAUUGAAAACCAUUUGCGAAUUCUGUUUUGUGAUGAAACGUGUGCCAUCAAUGUCGGAAUAACAAUCAGUAUUUUAGUUUACACCUCAUGCAUUGUUCCAAAGGUAACCAAAGUAUAUAUAACUGUAACAGUCUACCAUUUUAUCAUUAGUAUAUUUUAGAAUUUCAUCGCUAUUAUCUGUGUACAUCUCGUCAUUCCAUUUGAUGGUGAUAAUCCGUUGUAUUUGUAUAUAAAUUAUAAGUACCUAAGUACGUCAUUUUAUAAUGUUUAAACAUAUCAUUAUCGUUCACUAACUCUACUUUACAAAGGCAAUUAAUAUUGUAAAGCAAUGCAUUUAUUAUGUGUACGUUAAUUAAGGAUACAACUGGUUGUAUGUAUGAAUAGAAUAUGUUUUAAUUACUACAAUGAAAUUCUGAACUAGGUAUGCAGUAUGGGUAAAAUGGAUCACUCGAUUUUAAAUCUGUUUUAAAAAACGCUAAUUUAGAAAACAUAUUGCAAAAGAAAUAUCAACUCGAUAUUUACUUGAAAAAAUCUAUACGUCCUCGUUAUGUCUAAAUGAGUUUUACUUUGUUCAUGUAAAUUGCUGCAAUCAUCGACUGUGCCCGACGCACGUGUAGUUUAUGGCAUUGGAGGUGACAUCCAUCGUGAAGCGGACGCAGUGCGUUAAACGAGAAUAUAUCCAUUUUAUUUCAACACAACACUCGUUGAAGUUAUUUAUAACAUCAAACGUGUAGAAUGGUUUGAUGCGAUCCUCACACUAUACAUCUUAAUCUCUCCUAAUACGCCUCUUAAAUGUUCACGUUCUCUAUUCAAACAAGAAUCAGACAGUUUUCGCCAUUACUCUACGCAUAAAUGUUUCCCAGGUGAUUGGUGCAACUUGCGAGAGAAGUGAAGCGAGGUUAAGUUUCAAACUUGCGAUCAGGCAAUACAAUAUAGCAACUACUAGUAAAACUUUGCUUUACAAGAACUCUUCGAUAGACAAACUCACUCUCGACGCUUUUGUGGCUAAGGGAGCUAACGUUAAAGGAGCGGUUCUAGUGCAGUUUUAUGGGUUUUUCUUGUGUUCAUGCUUCCUUCAGUUUGUUUUUAAAUGACAAAAAAUUGUCAGCUGUUACAUCACUAAUAAGACAGGUGAAUAAUAUCAAAUAAAGUGACAUAAUAAAGGGAAAAUUAUAAGCCUGUAAAAAUAUGGUGCGUCAUUGUGUCUCGUGCAAUGUUUUGGUUAAUUUUUUCAUGCUAUACGCCAGGCUAGUAAAUAUUGCUGCGUUCGAAAUUACACGGCUAUUGUAAUUACUUUCAUCGCAGCGAUGUCGGGUAAUAUUUUGGCAUCCCAAUAUAUGUAAAUUGAAUGAAAUAACGUGUAUAAAUUCAUACAAGAACAAACAACUCCAUUUUGUAAUCUAAAUGAAAUGUUUAACAUAAAAAAUAUUAUUUAAAAUUAUGUAGUAUUUAUAGGGUAUAAAGAGAUAUAUUACAAUGUAUAUAUUUGUAAAUUAAUUAUAUUUAUAGUUAGGUAAAACUUAUUUUAUAAGUUGAUGCGUCACUCCACCAAUUUUCUAAUUAAAUUAUGAGUGAAGGUAUCAUUAAAACGUGAGUAGUAUAACGAUGGUCCUACAAUGAAUGUUCGUCGCAUCAAUUUCUAGAAUUUGUUCAAUUUACAUUUUAACUAGUCACCAUAUACAAUUUUAAUGUUGCUAAAGUGACUGUUGUUUUUAAAUGAGAAAAUGUUAUGCCACUAUUUCGGUCUACUUACUAAAAUUACCUUUGCUUAAUAUAAGAUAGACUUGUUUUGUGAUUCAAGUUUACCAUUGAAUGUACAGGGAUAAAUACUGAUAGAAAAAUUCUAGCUGAAGGGAAAUGUCGUAGAAAAUGUGGAAAAAAUAACACAAAUUAUUUGUGAAACAAGAUGGUAUCCGUUUGAGAAUUUCCUAUCCAGUGACUUAAGGUUUCCUUAUUCUACUAUCGUUAAAAAUAUAUUUUCCUUGAAAAUAAAUACGGUUUUCCUUGAGUUGGAAAGCAAAAAUGUUUAUUUUGCUCUUCGUGAUUUGAACGCAUAUCAAUUAUGUAAAAAUGAAGAUGCAAAGGAAAUGGCGAACUCAGCCGGUGAAACCCCAUUUUACCGCAUUCCGCCGGUUCUUACCGGCUUAAAACCAGAAUUUUGAAAGCUUCCAUUCAUCUAACUCGUUCUCAUUCAUUAAACGUGGUUUUGCUAAAGGCUUUUUGCCUAUAGUUUACUGGACUGAAUCUAGAAUAGGUAAUUUAAACACACAACCAUCUCUACAAACUUCAUGCAGAAAAGAGUAAUAAAAACAAAAUAUAUGAUGCAAAAUGUAUUUUAAAAUCAUAUAAACAAUUUUUAAUUAACAAGUAACAAAUAAUCCACUACGCAUCUGCAAAAUGAAACGAGGAAUAUACCUACAUAUAUGUAUAUGCGUGUCGUCAAUGUAUCGGUUUGUGUCAAUGCCAGUUGUAGCUCAAUAGCAAUCACAAAUAAUGCCGGAAUUUCCGAUAUCCAUGUUGUUCAAUGCCGAGCGAAAUAUAGUUUGAAACAAUAUCAUUCUUGAUUGUAACUAUCGCCCAAAUUCGGAUUAAUACUAUGCCAUUUGUAA